AUAAAUACGCAUGCGCACUGCAGCUGACCCUCUCUGCUUUCUGCGCGCACUGCCACGUUAGUAGCGGUAGACACAAAAUACCACAUAGUCUCUUUAAAAAAAACAACAAGAAGUACAACUUUGAGUCGACUGCGCCUCCUACCCUCUACUCUGUCUGCGGAAGACUCAUCGUCGACGAAAAUGCUUAAGUUAUUCCUCCUGAGUCUGUUAGCAGUAGCCAUUCCGGCUGAGAUCGCCGAGGAAGAAGACGUCCUGGUACUGAAAAGCAGUAACUUCGAUGAGGCUCUCCAAGCACACCCCAACCUCCUGGUAGAAUUUUAUGCCCCAUGGUGUGGUCACUGCAAGGCACUGGCGCCAGAGUAUGCCAGGGCCGCUGGCAUGCUGAAGGCAGAGGGUUCGGAGAUCCGCCUGGGUAAGGUUGAUGCCACAGAAGAGAGCGAUCUAGCCCAGGAGUUUGGUGUCCGAGGAUAUCCCACCAUCAAGUUCUUUAAGGGGGAUAAGGAAUCCUCCAGAGACUACUCAGCUGGAAGGCAGGCUGAUGACAUUGUUAACUGGCUGAAGAAGCGAACAGGCCCUGCUGUCGCCACCCUCGGCGAAGUCACUGCCGCACAGUCUCUGAUAGCUGACAAUGAAGUGGUGGUCAUUGGAUUCUUUAAGGAUGUUACAUCUGCUGGUGCCAAGGCCUUUGAAAAAGCAGCUGAAGGCGUAGAAGAUAUUCCCUUUGCCAUGACUUCAGAAGAAGCCGUUUUUACCAAGUUUGAGGCGUCCCAGGACAGUGUUGUUCUCUUCAAGAAGUUCGAUGAGGGACGCAACACCUUUGAUGGUGAGCUCACCAAAGACAACAUCCUGUCUUUCGUCAAGGCCAACCAACUGCCUCUAGUCAUAGAGUUCACCGAGCAGACGGCUCCGAAAAUUUUUGGAGGCGAGAUCAAGUCCCACAUUCUCAUGUUUCUGCCAAAAGCUGCCUCAGACUUCCAGGAGAAAAUGGACCAGUUUAAGAAAGCCGCAGAGUCAUUCAAGGGUCAGAUCCUGUUCAUUUUCAUCGAUAGCGACGUGGACGACAACCAGCGCAUCCUGGAGUUCUUUGGCCUGAAGAAAGAGGAAUGCCCUGCCAUUCGUCUCAUCACUUUAGAGGAUGAGAUGACCAAGUACAAGCCAGAGAACGACGCCAUCGCUGCGGAAAGCAUUGUUGAAUUCUGCACUCAGUUCCUUGAGGGCAAACUGAAGCCUCACCGUAUGAGCCAAGACAUCCCCGAAGACUGGGACAAAAACCCAGUCAAGGUUCUGGUUGGCAAGAACUUUGAGGAGGUCGCCUUCGAUCCCAAGAAGAACGUCUUUGUUGAAUUCUAUGCACCUUGGUGUGGCCACUGCAAGCAGCUGAAUCCCAUCUGGGAAAAGCUGGGAGAGAAGUACAAGGACAGCGCUGACAUCGUCGUGGCGAAGAUGGACUCCACAGCCAAUGAGAUUGAGGCAGUCAAAGUCCACAGCUUCCCCACUCUUAAAUUCUUCCCUGCAGGAGACGAACGCACGGUGAUCGACUACAAUGGGGAGAGAACACUGGAAGGCCUCACCAAGUUCCUGGAGAGUGGCGGUAAGGAGGGAGGUUCCCCUGCUGGGGAUGAUGAUGAGGAGGACUAUGAUGCUGAGGACCUGGAUGAAGGUCAGGACGAGGACUCUGACGGCGAGGACGACGACGACGACGAUGGUCAUGACGAGUUGUAAGAGCUAAGAGAGGAGUCCUGCCCUGUUCCCUCUUUCCAGUCACUACACCACCUUCACUCUUUAUUGAACCCCACCCCCCACAAGUCCUGAGCUGAGAACAUCAAUACGUCACUUGUGUAACUGCCUAUGAGUCCACCAGCCCGGCCCGGUAAUUGGCCAAGGCAGCACAUGAGUGGCGAGGCGGCCCCCCAACCUCAUUUUGUUUGCCUAGACUGGUCUUCUGUUCUGAGGGGAGGGGAGGGCGGCUACACGGAACUACAUGGUGAUGCCUCAUGCUAGGCUUCCAUGCCAGUUAUUCGCCUUGUUUUGUUAAAGCUUCCACCGUUCAAGAGUCGUAUGCACUAAAGUAGUUUAGAGCGGAUGCUUCUGUAAGGAUCAACCUCUCAAGAGAACAAGUGGCCCUCCAGUUUGUAUUUUUCACCAAUAUGAUUCCCUCGCUGUGUAGCAACUUGCCCUUUUUCUUCCCCCUUGGUGUAGUUCAAGACCUUCAUUCGUUACUGUCCUCACUCUUGUAAAAUGACCAUUUUCUAAAAGAACGAAUGCUAACUUUUUUUUUGGAUGAAAAAAACAUGUUUUAUUUAAUUGCUUUAACGAACUAGUUUUGGGUGUUUUUUUUUAUGUUUGACCAUCGUGCCCAGUUGUAGCCAGUUGGCCUUGUUGGGGCAGAGUUGGCACUUACACUCAGGCCAUGGAUGUUUUGGGGUUUUGAGCGGGUUCUGCAAAGUGAUACUGUGUUCAUGCCGAACUAUAGAUUGUUAGGGUUACUCAAGCGGCGCAGAUGUGCUACUUCUGAGAGAAGUGUGUGAUAAUCUGAUGCUCCUCACCCAUGCUGUACUCUGUAUCCUUCUUGGCUCUAUCUACACACCACUUGUCACUGUUGUCUGAAGCGGAAUGGAUAGUUUUGAUCAUGUUAUGUGUGCGCAAGCGCUUGUGUACUGUGGUAGGUGGUGGCACAUGUAGAGCUAGGAGAUCAAGUUUGACAUCUGUACAGUGGUGAGGGAUACUUGAAGCAUUCCAUCAUAUCCAGAUUGUUGUGGAAAAUGUGAAAUGGUGGCCAAUAAACAAUUUUGAAAAAGUGAAA